AUGGAUUCAUCUGACUCGGAAAAUGAAAAUGUUAAUGAUGAGAAGUCCGUCGUAUCCUCACUCAAAUCAGCGGUCUCUUCUCCUUCAUCUCCUCACUCACCAACCUACCUAACCGGUCACAUUCCCACAAAAUGGUACCACCUACACCUCCGUACUGUCACGCUCAUCACUCUUCCUAUUCUCUUCCUCGUUGGAAUAUUUGGAACCCUCAUCAUAGGUGGCCGCAACGGAACAUUCGAACUCAUCGUCAGUCUCGUUGAGCAAGAAACGCCUUCGGCCGUUUUCCCGGGUGCCAAAUACUUGUUAUUGAAAGAUUAUACGGGUGUUAGAGUGUUUGAUAGACAGUUGACUGUUCUGGUGGCUUUCUUUGCACCGGUCUGUGAUAGUAGAAAUGUCGCGUUAUGGCUGAAUAGUAUUUUCGGGUUGGGGCAGUUUGGAGCGGCCUGGACGUUGUUGGUCAUGGAGAGUUUGAGGAGUGGAAAUAAGGGGAGAGCUGUUAGUUUCAUCGGAACGGUUGGAGUUAUUUUCCAAAACAUCUCAUAUGCAAUCACAGUACCACUCUACCUAUUUAUCCACCUCUUAACAUCACCCGUCGCAAAACUAUUUCCAGGAACAUAUGCGAAUAGCGUUCUUCUCAUCUCAUCCCUAGAUUUGAAGAUCCUACCACUCUCAAUCACCCUAGCCUACAUUGUCCCGUCCAUACUCAUGGGCCUUGACGCUCCCUCAAUAGUCUCAGGACCUACCCAUCAAAAGCUCAUAGCUCUCUGGCAACCCUUCCCAGUCUGGACAAUCCUCAUUCAAUGGACCCUUCGCUCAUUCUUCCAAUUCGUUGGAGCGAAGCUCACAUCGAAAGACUCAAAACAAGCACCAGCACCAUUAGGAGCAUCGUAUCUCAGCAACGCCAAACAUGUCUACCGGUUCCUCCUCGCCUUGUGCGUUUUGACGCACCUACCUAUUCUCCUAAUUGCUCUCAUCCCCGCCUCAGCCAUCUCGGAUAUUUUACCUAAACUCGCUCCGUAUGCCAACCUUAACUUCUUCGAUAUAUACGUCCCCUAUUUCCCAUUCCCGCUUACGCAACGAGUCUCCGAUCUCGCAAGCGGUUCACACACAUUUCUUCAAUGGGAUUUAGCCACCGGUUCGACAGCACUUUUGCUAUGGGCUAUACUAUUAUAUCGAAAUGCCACGACCGAAAGAGCCAUUGUAGACCCCAAUACUAGUCUCCCAUCCUAUCAGAUCCGGGAGAUGCUUGCAGGUGAAAGGAGUAAAGCUGGCGCGUUGAGGAGAAAAUUGUUGGUUAAGAUAAGUGUAUGGACGGUAUUAUCUGGGCCAAUUGGAGCAGCCACAGCACUCUUGUGGGAGAGAGAUGAAAUCGUACGACAGAAGAUUAAGCAGGGUAUUUGA